AUGCUUAAAGAUGUUUUGGUGUGCUCGCUGCUUUUCCUGGGCUGUGCGGUGAUUUUCGUGAACGGGCAAAGCUACGGACUCCCACCACCCCCGUCCGCCGCAUCCUAUUAUCCUCCACCCGUGCAGUGGAACCCGGUCGGCUACGCGCCCUCCUAUCCAACCCGGUUGCGCUACGGCGGAUGGAACAAAGACGGGUACAAAUGGCCGAAAUCGUCGUCCAGCUCCUCGUCGUCGUCCGGCUCGCACGAGCAUCGCCGUCGUCACCACAAGAAACACCACCGCCGCCACCGGCGCAGCUCGUCACCGGAGGAAACAAUG